CACACCUUCUCCAUAGCAAGAAAAACCCAUGGAGAUUGCCGUCUCCGCGGUGGCAAGCGAGCGAGUCAUCAACGUAUGUAUGACCGUUGUACUUCAUGUUCGGCCGCCGGGUCGAGAGGCAGCGAGUCAUCAACGUAUUGAUGCAGGACGGCCACCCGCCACCCGGGGCUCCGACCGUGCUGCCCAUCAUCGGCCGUCGCAGAGUGGGCAAGAAGACGCUGGUGUGGAGCGUCUGCUCCGACGACCGGAUCCGCUCUCGCUUCCCUUCCAUCCUCCACGUCGACGGAUGCGAGAUUCAGAGGAUCGACCGUCGCAGGUUUGCUACUACUGUGAGGACUUUGAUCGUCGUUGAGGUCCGGUCGGACGUCGAUGACAGGGAGUGGCACGAGUUCCUCUCGCUGCUCCAAACUGUCACCGGCGCAGGGAGCAAGGUGGUGAUCCUAAGCCGGCUCGAGAGGCUAGCGAGGUUUGGAACCGUGAACCUCGUCCGGAUCAACAGCUUCUCACGAGAGGAAUACGGCUACCUUUUCAAGGUCCUCGCGUUCGGGAGCUCCGACCCGGCGGACCACCCGCGGCUGGCGCUGAUAGGGAAGGAGCUAGCGACGAUGAUGGAGGGGUCCCUCGUGCACCUCAACGUCUACUCGAGCGUGCUGAGGAACAACCUGAACGUUCAGUUCUGGAGCCGCGCUCUGAAGCUGUACCGAACGGUGAUGGAGGCUAACCUGUCCGUCUUCGGUGACCGCCCGAGGGCUCUUCUUGACAGAGGCAGCACCGUUGAUAUCACCAGGUUCUCGGCGGCGGCGGCGGCGGCUACCCCGCUUCGAUUUGUGCUGCUGAUCGGUGGAAGGGGCUCUUCCGGGCCAGGUGAGCUCCCCAGGAUGACAUUUGGAGAUAUAAUAGCGGGCUCUGUUGUUCUGCCGAUGAAGUUUGAGCUGGUGUGGGAAUCUCGGUUGCCCCCUUACACUGUUAUCUCCGGCACUUGUGUCGCAGAGGAGCCUCGACACUCGGUUUCACCCACAAGGAAACGUCGUAGAUGAUGUAUGCUUCUGCAGGCCAUUACCGUGCCAGGAUUUCUUCCUCCUGAUGUCAACUUUUACUGAAUGUAUCACUUUCCGUAGCAUAGUAUACUGCAAAUAAGUGGCGCUAUUCUUGCUCGUAUCUGUUCGCCGGGCGAUGCGGGCCUGCUCCUCCGCUCAGCUCUCACCACGUUGGCCGCCUUCUCUUUGGCUAGCCGCUCGGACUCCUCGAGCCUGAGCCGCAAUGCCUUGCAGUUCUGCAGCGGGGACGGUGGGCAUCUGUCUUGGACGUGGUCGACCGGCGGAUGACAUCGCGGGCGAUCCCCUCCUCCGACUCGGAAGGCAGGACAACCGACAUUAUCUGCACGGCCCGCAGAUGUCCAGCUAGUUCCGACCCCGGACGAAGCACGGAUGGUGCGAGGUAAGGGAUUACAGCGGGGGUCGGGGCGGCGCCCGUCCGUUUCGUCUCCGGCGGCCCUAGGAUCAUGGAGUAGUGGUGGACCUCGGUCCUUGCGGACGGGAGGGAUCUUUCUUCGUUUUUAAUUGUUUUUAUGAGUUCGUUUAGGGUUUGUGUCUUGUUCAGGUAGACGAGACGGUGGCGACUCCUUGAUAUGG